GCUCAUCUCCCUCCCCCAUUGUCUUAAGAUGUGGUGGCCUUAAUGCUGGCGGAGUAGAGGAAGUGGCAGAGGCUGAGAGCUCUGCUCAGAGUUUUCCAAAGGCCCCGUCACCUCUGAAGCAUCCACACGCUCUCCAUCUGCUCUGCGUCUCUGUUCACGCGCUCCCCUCUCCUUCUCCUCCGCCCGUCGGCAUGGCACGCUGGGCGCCGACAUCGUGGCACGUCUGGGUCCUGCUGGGGCUUCUAGACGCCUGCGAGGGACUCCUCAUCCCCCGAACGUCUUUCACCGCUGAAAACUCAGGUAGAUCUGUCAUCCAUUUCACCAGUCCUGGCAUCGAGAACACCACCACACUGUUGCUAAGUGAUGACGGUGCCACACUGUAUGUGGGAGCAAGAGAUGCAGUGCUUUCUCUGGAUGUCAGCCAGCCGGGCGCCAUGGAGAUAAGGAGCAAGAUUGAUUGGUCACCAGCCACAAAAGAGCUUAAGGAGUGUACCCAGAAAGGAAAGAGUGAGACGGAUUGUCACAAUUUUGUCCGGGUCCUGCAGUUCCUCAACACCACUCACAUCUACGCCUGCGGGACCUUUGCCUUCAAUCCCACCUGCACCUUCAUAAACACAGAGGCUUUUGCCCUCCAGAGCAACUCCAAGCUGAGACCAGAGGACGGUCGGGGGCGCUGCCCUUUCGACCCGCACCAGAGGAACACAGCCAUUGCUGUCGAUGGAGAGCUGUACACAGGGACUAUGGCCAACUUUCUGGGUGACCGACCAGUCAUCUCACGUUUCCUGAGUGAAAGGAAGCAAAGAGACCUCAAAUUAGAUGACAUACAGGGCUGGCUGACAGAGCCCACUUUCAUCAGCUCCACCUUCAUCCCCAGUGAGGACAAAGUCUAUUACUUCUUUAGGGAGACGGGCAUGGAGUACGAUUUCAUCAAUGACUACACCGUCCCUCGUGUCGCCCAGGUCUGCAAGAGUGAUAUGGGAGGGAAGCGUAUCCUGCAAAAGUGCUGGACUACCUUUGCCAAGGCUCAGCUCCGCUGCCAGGCUGAUACAGAGUUACCAUUCAAUAUCAUCCAGGAUAUGGUCACCCUCCCACCCCCAGAGGGCGCUCCUACUGAUGACACACUAUUUUACGGUGUCUUCAGAUCACAGUGGUCAGUGACUUCAGGGCAGUCAGCAGUGUGCAGGUUUCGACUUGGGGACGUAAAAAAUGUGUUCGCUGGAAGCUACAAAACGCUUAAUCGGGGCACACUGCGAUUUGAUACUCUUCACAACGAGAAGGUGGCCAGUCCAGGGAAGUGUGGAUUGCACAAUGCCUCAGACACCAAGCUGCGGUUUGUGAAAGAUAACUUCCUGGCAGAAGACAGUGUGCAGUCGGCGGACCGGGGCCUGGCGCUUGUGUCUCGCAGUCAGCUCUACAGCAGGAUCCUGGCCCAGAGGACCCGAGCAGCCAGCGGAAAGAACUUCACAGUGCUCUUCCUGCUCACUGAAUCUGGCUUCCUUCACAAAACAGUGCUGUCAGACCAAGGUCCUCAUAUCAUAGAGGAGAUCCAGGUCUUCAAGCAGCCACAGUCUGUUAAAAAUAUCCUCCUCUCCCUUACCAAGGGAGUGGUGUUCGUGGGUUCCUCCGAGGGUGUGUUCCAGAUACCAGUUUCCAACUGCUCAUUCUACACAACCUGUGCAGAGUGUGUGCUGGCCCGCGACCCCUUCUGUGGCUGGGACCCCAAUCGACAGGCCUGUGCGGAAGUGGCCAGCAUCUCAUCUAAUGCAGCCCAGGAUGUGGAGCUGGGAAACGUGACGAAAGCGUGCGGCGUUUCACAUUUUGGCAGAUCUGCUGGUAGAACAGCCCCCCCAGAAAAGUUUAAAUAUGUGCAGUUGUAUGAGGUGGUGAGCCUCCACUGUCCCAGAAGAUCCAGACUGGCGCAGCUACGCUGGAAACACCCCAGCGGCAGCAGCCAUCACCCAAACAGCUUCCUGCAGCUGGACAAUGGCAACUUGAGGUUCCUAGCCACUCCCCACACACUGGGGACUUAUCAAUGUGUCGCUCUGGAGAACGGCUACGAAGAGACCCUGGCCGUCAUCACAGUCAAGCAGCCUUUAUCUCCCCGAUCCAUCGCCCCUCACCACACCCCCGUACAGAGCCGGCCCAGAACAACAGUGAAACCGAAUCUGGGACCAGGGAAGGAGGUGGUGACCGAGGUGUGGGCGGAGACAGGGAAGGAGGUGGUGACCGAGGUGUGGGCGGAGACAGGGAGGGAGGAAGUGACAGAGGUGUGGGCGGAGACAGGGAGGGAGGAAGUGACAGAGGUGUGGAAGGAAAUUCAGACGCUGCCUGUGUCAGAAGCAGACACUCUGCAGAAAGAGCUGACAGAUGAUGCUGUAUCCGCUCCAAUCGAUGAAACCCCCUCCUCUUGGAGAGAGAGCAGGCCGUUCGUACAAAUUCAGAAGCCCGUCCCUUCAAGUGAUGUCAAGAGUUACUACAGUGAGAUGGUCGCCGUCACCCUUCUAUUGGUGGUGUCUCUGUGCAUGUUGAUGACAAGUGCAGUCUACAUUUUUUAUCAGAGGAGUUCUGUUAAAACAGCCCUUCAGGGCUAUGCCAGCACAUAUGAAGAGACAGUCAACAUUAAAUAGUGUCACCCCGCCCCCCCCCCCCCCCCCCCCCAUCUGAAGAUCAACCCCCUGGCAGUGUGCUGAGACAUGAGCAGAUCGAAGCUACUGUGGGCUGCACCACUCCAACUGGGUACAGCAAGGAGCUCCCUGCAGUGCCUGUGUAAACCACGGGACCUGUACCUCCCAUUCCACCCUGUGUGAAAUUAAGCAAUGUAAUGUAGAUUUCUACUGUGUGUACCUAAACCAAUCUAAAUUGCAAACACAUAUAUUUUAAAGACCAGAAUUGCGAUGGUAUAAGUACAAUGGCAGAAAUGUGUUGAAAUUAAAUGUGAUUUUAAUGGUUUAAUUUGAGAAUUUUAUGGUUUAAUAUGUUCUCUAUAAAUUAUGAUAAUAUUAACACCACAAUCUCAAAUUUCUUUUACAAUAAGCUGGGCUGGUGCUUUCAAAGUUAAAAUUUUUUUUUAAAGGUCUGUAUAUGCGCAUAUUCCAUGUGAGUACACGGGAAAUUGCAAAUGGCAGAGCUAGCGGAUUGAUUUUUUGGCUCAUUUACCUAAUAAAAUUGUAAAUUUGGUUAUGUUUAGUUUAGUUUAUUAGGAUCCCCAUUAGCUGUUACAAAUGGUAACAGCUACUCUUCCUGGUUAUGCACAUUUCAGAGAUUUUAUUUUUGUAUUCAGUUUUAUUUAUUGUUUUAUUGUUGUUGCUUUGAGUAUAUCUUUCCUCCAUUUUUAUUUAGAUGCAUAUUCUUGCCAAUUCUUUUUCUUUUGAUACAUUAUUUCAAUCACUGAGUUAUCAUGGCAGACAUGAAAUUGAGCCAUAAAUUGUAUUACAGGUUGUCAUUUUUAUUUGUUUUCCUACAACUUUUGUGAAUGUAUGAAAUGUUACACAAUAUGCCUGAAUCCUAUAAUCUUACUGUUUUAUAAAACAUAGCUACAUUGCUCUUUUCAUUUAAAAAAUAAAUUGAUGAAAUUUA